AUGUCUGCGCGGAAGACAGGAGCGGUAGAGUCUAAUCAAACUGCAGGACAGGAUGACGAGAGUCUGCGGAACAACGUGGAACACCAUCCGUUGAUAAGAUUCAUCGAGCUGCAGGAUAAACAGAACAAUGUGACAGAAGUGGAAAUUCCCGUCCCAUACGGGAAGAUCGCCGGCAAGUGGUUCGGUCCAAAGAACGUUCGCCCGAUAUUGUGCCUGCACGGAUGGCUCGAUAAUAGUGGAACGUUUGAUCGAUUGAUACCGCUGCUUCCAGCGGAUGUAAGCUUCCUUUCGAUCGAUCUGCCGGGCCACGGUUACUCGUCCCGCAUACCGGACGGCAUGUCAUACUACGUAAUGGAUUGCAUUCCACUCAUCCUGACCAUUAUGCGCGAAUACGGCUGGGCAAAGGUGUCCCUAAUGGCACACUCUAUGGGUGCAACGAUAUGCUACAUCUUUGCCGCCCUCUUUCCCGACAAGGUUGACCUUGUGAUUGGACUUGAUGCGCUUAAACCACUCAGCUUCUAUCCCGAUCGUUUCCCGCAGCGUGUAAGCAAACAGGUGCUAAAGUUCAUUCAGGCGGACAUCCGCAAUCAGGAGAAAUCCGAACCACCGUCCUACACGUACGAAGAGAUGAUCGAUCGUCUGUACGAAGGUACGGCCGCUUCCGUGUCCCGGGAAACGUGCCCCUACUUGCUGCAGCGUAACAUUAAACCCUCGCGGAAAUUCCCCGGCAAAUAUUACUUCGAUCGCGACAAUCGCAUGAAGUACAACGUUAUUCCGGGUUGGGCGGACAGUGUUAAUGUGGAGCUGGCGAAACGGAUUACAGCACCAUUUCUAACGGUGAAAGCGAUCGAUUCACCUUACCCAGGGUCCAAGGAAGGAUUCGAACAGACCGUUGCGAUCCUGAAGGAAGCUAACCCAAAGUAUGAGGUGGUGUACGUAACAGGGUCACAUCAUGUACACCUAACCGAGCCGGAAAAUGUCGUCCCGGUGGUGGUAGACUUCCUACGAAAGUAUUGGCGUAAGGAGAUGGAUGUAAUUAGUAAGCUUUAA